UCGGAGGCUGCAGGGCGGGGGAGAGUGUGGCCCAGGCUGCCGGAGCGGACACCGAUCAUCUGGAGACACCCGGCGGGGAAGGCUGCGGUUGUGGACGUGCACCUCUUUUCAGGGAUAUUGUUUUUUUUUAAUAAAAGAAAAAACACAGUUUCCCAGAAAGCAGCUUGCGGAGUCCCGGGAGCUUACACUCAAACGAGAGCCUGCAGAGCGGUGCGAUGGAGGAUGGGAAGCCGGUGUGGGCGCCCCACCCAGCGGACGGGUUCCAGCUGGGCACCAUAGUGGACAUCGGAGCCGACAGCCUCACCAUCGAGCCUCUCAAACAGAGGGGAAAGACAUUUUUGGCUCCCAUCAACCAAGUCUUCCCUGCAGAGGACGACGUCAACAAACAUGUGGAGGACAACUGUUCUUUGAUGUACUUGAAUGAAGCCACUCUGCUCAACAACGUCCGUGUGAGAUACAGCAAAGACAAGAUUUAUACGUUUGUAGCCAACAUCCUGAUCGCAGUGAACCCGUAUUAUGACAUCCCAAAGCUUUACUCGCCGGAGACCAUCAAGCAGUACCGGGGCCGGUCUCUGGGCACGCUGCCGCCGCACGUGUACGCCAUCGCUGAUAAGGCGUACAGGGACAUGAAGGUCCUGAAGAUGAGCCAGUCCAUCAUCGUCUCAGGGGAGUCUGGGGCCGGGAAGACAGAGAACACCAAGUUUGUGCUCAGAUACCUGACAACCUCGUAUGGAACGGGUCAGGACAUCGACGAGAGAAUAGUGGAAGCCAACCCUUUGCUGGAAGCUUUCGGAAACGCGAAAACCGUCCGGAACAACAACAGCAGUCGCUUCGGGAAGUUUGUGGAGAUCCACUUCAAUGAGAAGAACGCCGUGGUCGGCGGCUUCGUGUCUCACUACCUGCUGGAGAAGUCGAGGAUCUGCAGACAGAGUCCAGAGGAGAGAAACUACCACAUCUUCUACCGACUGUGCGCCGGAGCGCCCGAGGACAUCAGGCAGAAGUUUCACCUCAGCUCCCCGGACACGUUCAGGUACCUGAACAGAGGAUGCACUCGCUUCUUUGCCUCCAAAGACACAGACAAGAACAUCAUGCAGAAUCGCAAGAGCCCAGAGCACUUGAAGUCGGGCCCUCUGAAGGACCCGCUGCUGGACGACCACGGCGACUUCAACAGGAUGUGCGUGGCCAUGAAGAAGAUCGGCCUGGACGACACGGAGAAGCUGGACCUGUUCAGGGUGGUGGCCGGCGUGCUGCACCUCGGAAACAUCGACUUCGAGGAGGCGGGAAGCACGUCAGGCGGCUGCACCAUCAGGAACCAGUCGAGUCAGACCCUGGAGCACUGCGCCGAGCUGCUGGGCCUGGAGGAGGAGGACCUGAGAGUCAGCCUCACCACCAGGGUCAUGCUCACGACAGCAGGGGGCGCCAAAGGAACGGUCAUCAAAGUGCCGCUCAAAGUGGAGCAGGCCAACAACGCUCGGGACGCCCUGGGGAAGGCCGUGUACAGCCGCCUGUUCGACCACGUGGUGACCCGGGUCAACCAGUGCUUCCCCUUCGACUCCUCCGCCAACUUCAUCGGCGUCCUGGACAUCGCUGGUUUCGAGUACUUUGAACACAACAGCUUCGAGCAAUUCUGCAUCAACUACUGUAACGAGAAACUGCAGCAGUUCUUCAAUGAGCGCAUCCUCAAAGAGGAGCAAGAGCUGUACCAGAGGGAGGGGCUCGGAGUCAACGAGGUUCACUACGUCGACAAUCAGGACUGCAUAGACCUGGUGGAGGCCAAGCUGGUCGGCAUCCUGGACAUCCUGGACGAAGAGAACCGACUACCUCAGCCCAGCGACCAGCACUUCACCGACACCGUGCACAGCAAACACAAGGACCACUUCCGGCUGACGGUACCCAGGAAAUCAAAGCUGGCCGUCCACAGGAACGUGAGGGACGACGAAGGAUUCAUUGUCAGACACUUCGCCGGAGCCGUGUGCUACGAGACGACCAAGUUCGUGGAGAAGAACAACGACGCCCUGCACAUGUCUCUGGAGUGUCUCAUCAGCGAGUCCAAGGAUCGCUUCAUCCGCGAGCUCUUCGAAAACUCCAACAACAGCAAAGACGUCAAGCAGAAGGCGGGAAAACUCAGCUUCAUCAGCGUCGGCAACAAGUUUAAGACCCAGCUGAAUAUUCUCCUGGAGAAGCUCCGCAGCACGGGCUCCAGUUUCAUUCGCUGCAUCAAGCCAAACCUGAAGAUGAUCAGCCACCAGUUUGAAGGAGCUCAGAUCCUCUCCCAGCUGCAGUGCUCCGGUAUGGUGUCAGUGCUGGACCUGAUGCAGGGCGGCUUCCCCUCCAGAGCUCCCUUCCAUGAACUCUACAACAUGUACCAGAAGUACAUGCCUCCCAAACUCACCCGCCUCGACCCGCGCCUCUUCUGCAAGGCUUUAUUCAAAGCUCUGGGGCUGAAUGAGAACGACUACAAGUUCGGUCUGACCAGAGUGUUUUUCCGGCCCGGGAAGUUUGCAGAGUUUGACCAGAUCAUGAAGUCGGACCCGGACCACCUGGCGGAGCUGGUGAAGAAGGUCAACAAGUGGCUGAUCCACAGCCGCUGGAAGAAGGUCCAGUGGUGCGCUCUGUCCGUCAUCAAACUGAAGAACAAGAUCUUGUACCGGACCAGCGCCUGUAUCAAGAUGCAGAAGACCGUUCGGAUGUGGCUCUGCAAGAAGAAGCACAAGCCGAGGAUCGACGGGUUGGUAAAGGUGCGUAACCUGAAGAAGAGGAUGGAUCGCUUCAACGAGGUGGUGGCGGGGCUGAAGGAGGGCAAACAGGAGAUGAGCAAGCAGGUGCAGGAGCUAGAGGCCGCCAUCGACACGCUGAUGGUCAAAAUCAAGAGCACCAUCAUGACCCGGAUCGACAUCGACCACGAGUACCAGGCCCUGGUGACCCGGUCGGAGCAGCUGCUCACGGCCAUGCAGAACAAGAAGAAGGAGGAGGAGGAGAGGGAGCGGCUGCGACGCAUCCAGGAGGAGAUGGACAGGGAGAGGAAGAGGAGGGAGGAGGAGGAGCAGCGCCGCAAGCAGGAGGAGGAGGACAGGCGACUGAAAUCCGAGAUGGAGCUGAAGAGGAAGCAGGAAGAGGAGGAGAGGAAGAGGCGGGAGGAGGAGGAGAGGAGGAUUCAGAUGGAGAUGGAGCUGCAGCUGCAGGCGGAGCGGGAGGAGGAGGCGUCUCGGCAGACCGUCCUGGAGCAGGAGAGGAGGGACAGGGAGCUGGCGCUGAGGAUCGCCCAGAGCGAGGCGGAGCUCAUCCCGGAGGAGGUGCAGAUCGACGCGGGGCUGCGCAGCAACGGCUCCUCAGUUCCAUCGUCCCCAGAGAGAGCAGCCGCUGCUGGAUCCUCAAAUCUCCAGGGCCUGACCAUGGAAGAAAUGGCGAAGGAAAUGACUGAACUUCUGGCUCGAGGUCCACAGGUUCAGGCCUCCAAGGCUGCUGCCGGCGCCAAGAAGUACGAGCUGAGCAAGUGGAAGUACGCCGAGCUGCGGGACGCCAUCAAUACCUCAUGUGACAUCGAGCUUCUGGCCGCCUGCAGGGAGGAGUUUCACCGCCGGCUCAAAGUCUACCACGCCUGGAAGUCAAAGAACAAGAAGAGGAACACAGAGACGGAGCAGAGGGCGCCGAAAUCUGUCACUGACUACGAUCAUGCACCUCCUGUGAGAACAGCAUCCCAGCAGAACCCAGCCCCGCCCAUACCGGCCCGGCAGUACGAGGUGGCGAUGAACCGGCAGCAGCGCUACUUCCGCAUCCCGUUCAUCCGACCGGGCGACCAGUACAAAGACCCGCAGAACAAGAAGAAGGGCUGGUGGUACGCUCACUUCGACGGGCCCUGGAUCGCCAGGCAGAUGGAGCUGCAUCCAGAUAAACACCCCAUCCUGCUGGUGGCAGGAAAGGACGACAUGGAGAUGUGCGAGCUGAGUCUGGAGGAGACGGGCCUGUCGAGGAAGAGGGGAGCAGAGAUCCUCCCCCGGCAGUUCGAGGAGAUCUGGGAGCGCUGCGGCGGGAUCCAGUACCUCCGCAGCGCCAUCGAGAACCGACAGGCUCGACCCACCUACGCCACGGCCAUGCUGCAGAGCAUGUUUAAGUGACGG